AUGACGACCGCAGCAGUUUUUGGCUGUACAGGAGCUGUGGGUGGCCAGAUACUCGCGACACUCCUUGCCUCAGACGCAUUCUCAUCAGUCAAAACGGUUUCAAGGCGACUGCCAAAUGCCCAAUCUCCCAAGCUGCAGGCCCUUGAAGAAAGAGAGAGCUCAAAAUGGGGCGGCAUGAUCGCCUCUCUUUCUCCGAAGCCAUCAGUCGUCUUCAACGCAGUCGGAACGACGAGAGCUGCAGCUGGCGGAAUCCAGAACCAAUGGAAGAUCGACCACGACUUGUGCAUAGACAACGCCAGAGCAGCCAAGGAUGCAGGUGUGAACACCUACGUAUUCAUCUCUAGUGGAGGGACUAGAGGCCUCUUCUCGCGAUAUGUCCCUUACUCAAAGAUGAAGAUUGGGGUGGAGGAUGCCAUCGAGCAACUCGAUUUUGAUCAUAGUAUCAUCCUGAGGCCUGGCCUGAUCAUCCAAAGGGAAAAGCCCAAGGCUGCAUUGUUGGAGAACAUUGUGCAGAGCCUCAAUAAGCUCGGACAGGGCGUCCAGGACAUGAUAGGUCAGGAUCAAGCCGUUAUUGGCAGAGCAGCUGUUGCAGCUGCUCGUAUGGCGGAAGCGGGGAAUGCACCGUCAAAAUACUGGGUUCUUGAGCAGGCUGAUAUAGUAAGAUUAGGCAGAGACGAGUGGAAGGAAUAA